AUGGCGACACUCCUGCAAUCAGCUUGGAAAAUAGUCCCCCAAUUUUGCAGCACUUCCGUCCCCCGUACCAUCGAGUUUUAUACAAAAUCACUUCACUUCACGCUUGGUGGGACACAUCCAGACGACGAUGCGAAUAGUACCCCGACAUUCUGUUCACUGUUUAUUGGUAAAAAGGCUGAUGCCAAUAUCUACUUCUUCGAAAAGAAACUAUCAUCCUCUACGCAGGAGGCUACAAGCGAAGACAAUAAUGAAACCUUCCAUCGCUCAUCGACAAUGAUUGCAUUGGGAACUACAGAACUGGAUGAAUAUUACAAUAUUUUGACUAAGGAAGGGAAUGUUAAGAUUAUCAAACCUAUUGAGGACCAGCCAUGGGGCUAUCGACAAUUCACUCUAGAGGACCCUGAUGGGAAUAAACUUACCUUUUUCAAAUUUCUGGAAGGAGGAAAUCCAGGCACUGAGUGA